AUGGGCCUACGUCCCCGUAUGGGUCCUGACCAGACCAUCCCCAGACCACCCAUCCCCAGACCAGACCAUCCCCAGACCACCCCAUCCCCAGACCAGACCAUCCCCAGACCACCCCAUCCCCAGACCAGACCAUCCACAGACCACCCCAUCCCCAGGCCGGACCAUCCCCAGGCCACCCCAUCCCCAGGCCAGGCCAGACCAUCCCCAGACCACCCCAUACCCAGACCAGACCACCCCCAGCCCCAGACCAGACCAUCCCCAGACCACCCCAUCCCCAGACCAGACCAUCCCCAGACCAUCGCCAGCCCAGACCACCCCCAUCCCCAGCCCAGCCCAUCACCAGACCAGACCACCCCCAUCCCCAGACCAGACCAUCUCCAGCCCAGACCAGACCAUCCCCAGCCUAGACCAGACCAUCCCCAAACCAGACCACCCCCACCCCCACCCCCAUCCCCAGACCAGACCAGACCAUCCCCAGCCCAGACCAUUCCCAGCCCAGACCAUCCCCAGACCAGACCAUCCCCAGACCAGACCAUCCCCAGCCCAUUCCCAGCCCAGACCAGACCAUCCCCAGCCUAG